CUGGACCAAUAACUCGCGCGCCUCCACAGCUCCUCUGCCUGUCAACCCGCGUUCAGCCCAUUGCAUGACGUAACGCCCAGUCUGAAAGUGCAAUGGCGAUAUUGGACAAUAACACCCAUCGCGUUUGGAGACCACAUCAGUAUAAUGUGGCUAACGUUGAAGAAAUCACCUCCAGCCGGCUGCAAAACCACAUAUAAUAUCGGCACAGCGCACGAGCGUCAACCCGCGACCAGGAAAGGUGAUUCCACAGCAUCUGCACGCGAUGACAGUUUAGACUAAAACACUGCAUCUUUCCCAGGUGUGACGUGUGAACAGACACCAUGGCCUCGCAGGAACCAUCCCCUCCUUCGUCCAUGGAGAGUAAUAAACCCGGCUUCCCAAAGAAGAUCCUGGGCAACAAGCUGGAGGACAAGCACCUGUGCAACUGCUGCCACAAUAUACUCAGACGGCCAUUUCAGGCCCAGUGUGGCCAUCGCUUCUGUUCCUAUUGCUUCAACAGGACUGUGAGUAAUGGACCCCAGAAAUGCAACGCUUGUAUUAAAGAGGAUAUCUUUGAGGACCCCACAUCGAUUUUGAAACAAGGAUGUGCUUUUCCUGACAAUGCAGUUCGAAGGGAGGUAGAAAGCCUGUCUGCUGUUUGUAUAAAUGAAAGCUGUACUUGGGAAGGCACUAUUAAAGAGUACGAGCUGAACCACGAGGGGAAGUGUGAGUUCAUGAUCAUCCCCUGCCCCUCCUGCAAAGAACGAAUCCGCUUCAAUGAACAGGAGCGCCAUAAUGAGCGAGAGUGCCCGGAGAGGACACUCAACUGCAAAUACUGCAAGGAGCCGUUUCACUUCAAAAACAUCAAGGCACAUGAUGAGAUCUGCCCCAAGUACCCGAUGAUCUGUGAAGGCUGUGCCAAGAAGAAAAUACCCAGAGAAAAGUAUGUGGACCACAUUAAGUUCUGCAGCAAAUUCCGAACUCCCUGUCGAUUUCAUGUCGUUGGAUGUGACAUGUCUGUGGAAAAAGAGAAGAUUCACGAACACGAACGCGCCUUUGCUUAUGAGCACCUCAACCUACUGCUGCACUAUAUCAUGGGUAUGAAAGUGAGCAUGGAGGGCCUACAGCCCCAGGGACUGGAAACAGCCGGACACAAACUGGUAGAACUCCAACAAUCCCUCAGGGAACUCGAGGCCAGAGUCUCCCUGCUCAGCACCACCUCUUCUGGGCCUCCCGUGCAGGGAGCCGCCGCCGCCUCCUCCUCAUCCUCCAGCUCCGCCCCCCCUGGUCCACCUGCUUCAGCUCCUCUCCCCCCUCCUCCAACUCUCCCUCCCACUCUCACCGUGUCUACCUCCUUCACACCCCUUCCCAGCUCAGUGGGCGCAGCGUUGGAGCUCCAGCUCCACAGCGAGAAGACCAAGGUGGCCGAGCUGGGCCGCAGGUGCACUGAACUUGAGGUUAAAGCCGGCACAUUUGAAAAUGUGGUGUGUGUCCUGAACAGAGAGGUGGAGAGGUUUGCCACCACCAUGGAGGCCAGCAACCGGCAGCAUAAACUGGACCAGGAUAAGAUCGAGGCUCUGAGUAACAAGGUGCGACAGCUGGAGAGGACCGUGGGGCUGAAAGACCUCACAGUGGCUGAGAUGGAGGGCCGACUGAGGGAAAUGUCCGCCACCACCUUUGAUGGAGUAUUCAUUUGGAGGAUCUCAGAUUUUGCCAAAAAACGACAGGAUGCCAUCGCAGGUCGGGCUCCUGCCAUGUUCUCACCAGCCUUCUAUACCAGCAAAUACGGCUAUAAGAUGUGUCUGCGGAUCUAUCUGAAUGGAGAUGGGACGGGGCGUGGCAGUCACCUGUCCUUGUUCUUUGUGGUCAUGAGAGGACUGAGUGAUGCUCUGCUUAAAUGGCCUUUCAACCAGAAGGUGACUUUGAUGCUGCUGGACCAAAGCAACAGGGAACACAUCAUUGAUGCCUUUCGACCUGAUGUCACUUCCUCCUCCUUCCAGAGACCUGUGAGUGAGAUGAAUAUCGCCAGUGGCUGCCCGCUCUUCUGCCCACUCUCCAAGCUCGACGCCAAGAACUCUUACAUCCGUGACGAUACCAUCUUCAUCAAAGCCAUCGUGGACCUCACCGGCCUCUAGAUGGCUCCAUGGGAUGUUGCAUCUGGCAACCAGGCAGCUCUUUGACCAUUAAAGCUUCAUUUUGGCUCAAUCAUGGUCCCAUUAGGGCUCUUCUCGGGCACCUUACCGUCCCCUGCAGCUGCUGGGAGACUAACAUGCUUGCAACUGUGUGCUGUAUGUGGCUGCUCAGUCCAGACGGCGCUGGCAUUGUCAUACUCGGUGGUCUCUGUUCUGAGAACCACUGUCAUUGCUGUACAUUUUGAGUGCAAAACUUUCUUUCUUUUGACAUCGCCCCACAGUGGGGGUUAAAAUCAGUUCUGCACAUUCGUUUUCAGCUAAAAGACACUGAGGCGAGCAGCAGUGCAGCAUGGUCAGUGCAGUGUCGAGCAGCAGACCGAGAUGUUACGACGGCGUGAAGAGAUUUACUCUUUGUCUCUGGCUUUUGACGGCUUGUGAAACACAAGGGUUGUUUUAGAACAGGGCUGUAGAUUACAGAUAGCUUGUGUGAUUCUUCUGAUAAAGCUGGCUUGUAAUAGAGGUAGAGCUUGAUGCAGUGUUUGCUUCUUCUUGAAGAUCGUGGGUGUUGUGAGCUUCCAGUAUCGAGUGAAUUUGCAUAGACAAACGUGGAGUUAUGUUAUGAAUAAGAUUUUAGCCUUUUUUCAUUAAUUUCUGCCUUUCUUUAAUAGCAAACUGCAUGCCGCCAGCAUUUUAAAUCUGCUUCUUUUUUCAGCUGAGUUUCAUGAGGGUUUGUUGUUAAAACUUGUUUAGCGAGUUAGCCAUCCGUGAUGGUGGACAUUGCCUGCAUGUCUUUGGAACCAGGCUAUUUACAUGUAGAGUAGAGUAUUGUGUCUUUGUUCCUCUUAGGGGUCGGUGGUUCUGAUUGGUGGUUUGGUACAUCUGUGGAAGAUACAGCGGAGUUACCAAGGAGGCAGGGCAGCUUGCCAGUCGAGCCCGAGGCAUAAAACUUGCAUGUGUUCUUGUCUCUGACAAACAUGGACAGCUGGAGUUUUCCUGCAGGAUUUGCUCACUAGCUCACAUCUCAGCACAUCGUACCGUGCCCCACCACAGACUGAGGUUAACACAGAUUCCACGAAGUGAAGGAAAUGUUUUUUCUGUCCAUACAGUUACCAGUGCAUAUGUGUUUCUGCUGCUCUAAGAUAGAAUACUUAUAUAAAUAUAUAUAAACUAAUAUAUAUGUGGUGCAAAUAAUGUGUGUGGAGGUAGAGAGUCAGGAAAUAAGUGAUUGUAACAUAUUGUCAAAGGUUUAAGCCAUUGCAGCUGAUAUUUAUUGCAGAUUGAUGUUUAGUGCCGCCCCAGUCAAAUCUUUGCUGUGCUCUCUCUGAUUCCCAAUGACACGCUCAACAUUAUAAAUGGUUAAACUGUCAUUUUUCUAUGCGUCCACCAGAGAUUGCUGUUACUUAGCAUGCAUGCUGAGGUUUUAAGGUUCAUGCUGGCCUGUUUGAAAACCAGUCUCGACCUGUAUUGAAACCUCUCUGUGCAUGGGAGGCUUCAAUUCAUAUUCACUAUGGAGUUUCACACCGGUUUACCCCGUUAGCCAAGUGUGAACGCAUUUAUUUGUAUUUGUUUAAAUGGGAAUACGUGAACAUAGGAUAGUUAUUAUUUUAUACCCGGCACUGCUCAAUACAGGCGGCUGCCUAUAAUCAUAGCAAUUUAUAAAUAUGUAUCUUUCAUAUCAUAAUGUUGAAAUAAGCUAAAUAUAUAUAUAUAUAUAAAUAUAUAUAUAGAUGUUAAUAUACACAAGAUGUUAUAAUAAACAUAGUAUUACUAAAUACCUUAUUAAUUCUAUAUCUAUAGACCAACCUUUUGUUUGAUGGUUUGAACAGGCCAGGACAACUUCUUUGUGCAGUGAGGACUUUUAGAGUGCAAUAUGUGAUUACAUCCCUUAAACAUCUCAGCUUUAAGGGUUUACAGGUUACAAUAUUUGUUGCCAUAUGUUUACAUUACUCGUUUCGGCGCUGAAGAGCUGCAGCCAGUUGUUAACUUUUAGAGGGAAAAUGGUGCUUUCCUUAUCAUCAAACAUACAUUUCUUCAUCUAUAAAGUCAGGAAGUGUUCAUGACACUAACUGGCUCAGUUGACUCUUUUGAGGACCAUUUUAAUGUUUUUUAUUAUUAUUAUAAUUAACUUUAAACCCUUUCAAUGAAGACUGAGCACGUUAUGAGUCAAAUUACAUGAACUUUUUAAUCAUUGAGUGUUCUUGUAACGUGCCAAAAUGAAAUAUUACCUCCAUAUGCUAACAGUGUCAUGCUGCAAGUAGUAUUUUAUGUUCUAUGCGCAAACAUGGUGCCAAAUGUGUUUAUAUUUAUGUUUGUAUGUAAAUAUGCGUGGGUGUGUGCGAGCAUGUGCCAUUUUAAUAUGAAGCAUGGGGCCAUUAACUUCUGGAGCUGAUGAAUACUGUCCCAGGAAACGGAGGUUUCUGAAUGUAAGCUUUAAGUUCUUUUUCUAAAAACAAAACAGCUGUUCUGUCACGUGAUGCAGUGGACUUUAAACAACUUAAUUUGUGCACUUUGUAUCGCUUGUUUGUCCGAACAGGGUAUUUUGUUGAGGGAUUUACAGUACUUGUCAAAAGUAUGGACACACCUACCCAUUGAAUCUAAUGGGAAAACAUGGCCAAACGUUUGACUGCUACUGUAUGCACCUUGAAUUCAGAGCCAUAUUUAUUCUGAUGUUGAUAAUUGAUGUAAAAAGGACAUGGAGUCUGUAAUAAAGUUUGUUGGUUUCUGCA